AGCAAGCAGAAGAUAGCUGCACAGUUAUCCGUGCUCCACCGACUCAACAAUGGCGGCACUCGGUACCAUAAUUCUGACUAGCAAUCCUCACCGGCGAAUGACCGUAAAUCCCCGGGCAGUCCUCACGGGCAGCAACGACAAGAUGCGGAUUCCGUACGAGCUCAAGCAAGGGCAAUCCCGUCAUUUCCACAAGCUCCCGUCUGGUUUGAAAAUGGAAUUCAUCUUCCAAAAGGGCCACGGCGAAAAAUUCGAUAAAUCUCCGGCUCAACCGCCGCCGCCGCCGCCGUUAGUAUUCGUCCACGGAAGCUUUCACGCGGCUUGGUGCUGGGCCGAAAAUUGGUUGCCCUAUUUUUCUCAACACGGUUUCGAUUGCUAUGCCAUCAGCUUGCUAGGUCAGGGCGAGAGCGAUUCACCGGCUGGUCCAGUUGCAGGUUCGCUCCAGACGCAUGCAGCUGAUGUAGCUGACUUCAUCGGAAAGGAGAUUCGGUUACCACCCGUGUUGCUAGGCCAUUCUUUUGGCGGCCUUAUCGUUCAAUAUUAUCUUUCGAAUAUCGGAAAUGAAAAAUUACAAGAAAUGGAACGAGCGCACCCUUUUCUAGCUGGAGGUGUACUUGUUUGCUCUGUUCCUCCUUCAGGAAACAGUGGCCUCGUUUGGCGGUACCUGUUCUCCAAACCGAUUGCUGCAUUUAAGGUGACGCUCAGUUUGGCCGCGAAAGCUUUUCAAACAUCUCUGCCUCUUUGUAAGGAAACUUUCUUCUCUGCAUCCAUGGAGGAUGAACUUGUCCUUCGUUAUCAAAAGCUGAUGACGGAAAGUUCAAGAAUGCCGUUGUUCGAUCUACGGAAGCUCAACUCAUCACUUCCCGUCCCUCGAAUGAAAGAUUCUUUUCUCGGAAUCUUUGUCUUGGGAGCAAAGGAUGAUUUCAUAGUGGAUGCAGAGGGAUUAAACGAGACGGGAACGUUUUACGGGGUGUCACCUGUUUGCGUCGAAGGAGUUGCGCACGAUAUAAUGUUGGAUUGCUCGUGGGAAAAAGGUGCACAAGUGAUUCUAUCGUGGCUGAGUUGUCUGAAUAGAGACCAGACACUUGGUCGUUCGAGGUAAAUUUGUGACACCAGAAAUUUUCGAAUUCUUUAGGGAAGUUUUUUUAUUUGAAGCCAUCUUAAAUUCUUUCGGUUCUAAAUGCGAUCGAAUUCUUGAAUUUGGAUUUCUUUAAACUACUUACUGUACUACUAAAGCGUGGAUUUGCGUACGAAAUAGAAAAAAAUUUAGCAGCA